UGCAACAUCAUACCCAAAGCUCUGCGUCCACAACCGCAGUCGCAUUUUACGCACCAGCGAGCGGAGAUUAGUGGCGGAGACUCGCUCUCCCUUCGCCUGCACCUUCCUCAUAUCAUCUAUCUCCUCAAUAUUUGGACUAAUCUUCGCUUGACGUCUCUGGAGCUACUCACUCGCUCGCUCGGACUGGACUAUAACCUGCGCGCAGACGUCGUGCGCAACGAAGAGAUGAGAUUUGUAUCCUGAAACCACAUAUUGCUAAAUGCUGCUUUAGAGUGAAGACGUGCAAGGCACCAGCCUACACAUGGAGUCCAGGGUUCCCCACCACAUCCCCGGAGUGUCCUCCUCCCUCAUAUCCCAGCCCCUGCUGGACAGUCGAGUGCCCUACGGCCGCCUUCAGCACCCCCUCACCAUCUACCCCAUUGACCAGAUAAAGUCCUCGCAUGUGGAGAAUGACUACAUAGACAGCCCCGCUGUUGUGUCCCAGCAGCCCCCGAGCCAGAAGUCCACAAACAGAAGAAUCACCUGGCUCGGUCAGAAUCAGGAGGGCUUCCUGGGGGCAAACCACAACCAGCAUCACAAUCAUCAACACCAGCACCACCAGCAGGGCAGGUGCGAACCUCACCCUCAACCAGACACCACCACACACCCUUGGAUUUCCUUCAGUGGGAGGCCCAGCUCUAUCAGCAGCAGCAGCAGCACCUCAUCUGAUCAAAGGCUGCUGGACCAUGCUGCACCCACCCCGAUGGUGGACCACAACCCAAACCUGCACCCCUACCAGGGCCCCUUCAACACAGUCACUGCCCGAACUCCAGGCUGCUUCACUUCCUCUGAAUCUAAGGUCCUAACCUCCUCCUCCUCUGCUUCAUCCUGCACCUCCUCCUCCAAAUCGCUGGACCUCAAGUCUGCAAAGAUGCCUGCAGGAGGUGUGUGCUCCACUGGUGGCCAGCAGGGGUUGGCGCUGAUUCCUUCCUCCCCAGCCGAGAAGAAGCACCUCCUUCUCUGCGAGCACUGUGGGAAAUGCCGCUGCACAGAGUGUACGCUUCCCAGAACCCUACCCUCUUGCUGGGUCUGCAACCAGGAGUGCCUGUGCUCUGCCCAGAGCCUGGUAGAUACAGCCACCUGCAUGUGCCUGGUCAAAGGGAUCUUCUACCACUGUACUGAAGAUGAGGAUGAUGAGGGCUCCUGCGCCGACAAGCCCUGCUCGUGCUCCCAGGCCAACUGCUGCGCGCGAUGGUCCUUCAUGGCUGCCAUUUCCCUUGUCCUGCCUUGCCUGGUCUGCUAUCUUCCAGCCACGGGCCUGGCCAAACUGGGACAGAAGUGUUACGACAAUGUUAGUAGGCCCGGCUGCCGCUGCAAGAACUUGCAGGGGGGUGUGAGCAUCCCUGUGUGUAAAAACGGAGGUGUGGAAGCAAAAGUUGGGACUUUAGAGAAGCAGCAGCAGCAGGGGUCAUGAUACUGGACAAAACUGGCUGGCAUUGGCCGUGCUAAAAAUGGACAGGACCACACAGUACUUGCUAGCUCUCUAUGGAUAGGACAAUCCAACACCAACCCCUUAAACUACCCUAUUAAUCUGCUGGAAGAUGACUUAUGUAAAACAAAGGUACUUAAAUGGCUUUUUGUUUGACAGGGUGGUGAACAAAACAGGCCUGGUCUGAGAGAGUUGGCUAGUUGAAAUGGCUAACCAGCCCCUCUGAGAUCCUUUUUUUAAUUGUUGUUUUGUUAUAUUUUUUUGUUUGUUUGAAAGAGGGACACAAGAAGAAGAGACGAGAUUGUGGGACUGGUGUUUGUGUUGUUGUGCAAAGAUGGCUGAAGGCACAAAAGUCAUUGUACCUCUCUGCUGCUCUGUAUUUUCUCAGCAAAUUUUGUAUUGGUAACUAAACAGAAGCUGGUUGCAGAUCCUUGGAUAACAUAGAGGUUAUGUGACGGAAAAAUAUAAUAUGUGCAACCCCUACCACCCCCAAAAGCACAGCCCUGUGCCCCCCCCCCCCCGUCUGAACAAACAGGAAGAAGAGUGAUUACCUAUAUCGUGGCUUCACGAUAGGUCACGACAGAAGUGAAACCAUCACUUAUUCACUUACUCUCUCUGCUGUUAUGAUGAUCACCGUCUCUGAGUGUCACUAUUGUUCCUCUGACACCUUAAAUAUGCUAGCUUGGUAUUGUUAACACUUAAUCUCCAUGGAGGGCCUGUAAAAACUAACUUUUUGAGACUUUAAAAUAAUAGUAAUUUCCCAUAAUUCUCACUCUGCGCCAUGUGCAAGCAGUCGCACUGCAAGUGAAGAAGAGAUAAUCACUUUACAGCGUGUUUCCGAUUUUGGGGGGAUGAAGCACAGACAUUCUAAAAGUUUUUGAAUGCAGUUCACCAAUCACCUCAGAGGUAAUGCAUGUCAUGACCUGCAUGCUCUAGUGUAAUGGUUACCCACCGUGCUAGAAGUUGAUGUGUCGUAGAGAAACGUGUGAAAAAAAAACACCCAACCUUCUCAGGGACUGUUACGGUAAUCCUCUCUAGAACUUGGCCUACUGCAUGUUGAUUUCUAAACUGCCUAAGAGCCUGGUCUGCUUCCUCUUUGCACAAGAUGGCAAAGAAACAUUUAGGGGCAAAAAGGCAAUACUGAAUAAUUUAAAACAAGUAAGCUAAGCGAGAGACAAACUGGCCAGAAAAUAGUGUUUCCGGAGGAGUGAGGGGGGAUGCAAGUUAUAGAGAGUGACGAGGGGGAGAGAAGGCAUAGCAAAAGUUGUUGUUGUUGUGUUGUAUCUAUUCAGCCUUUGUCGAAAUCAAACCUGCCACUUGCACAACCUUUUUAGGACGACGCAAACCCCUUAAAGGAUGUACUAAAGCACAGUAUUAACCACCUCAGCUAUCUCACAUUACAUUGGCGUGUACUACAUUUAGCCCACACACCCCAGCCUCCCCUUACACACAGUGUCUUCAUUCAAUUCUAAUCAUUAUGCUGCGUAGCUGCAUUAGUCAGAUAGUCUAUCUUUUAUUCUCAAAGUCUAUUUUUGUGGCUUGCAUGACGGUCUGAGGACUUUGCCAAAGGAAAGCUAGCGUACAGUAGCAUGUUUUCGCUGUCUGAGUGAUCACAGUUGUUAUGCACUCUUGCCAAAUGGGAGAUGACGGCAGUUGGUUCUUAAAGGCACUCUGCCCUUUAAUAUAGAUGGCCUUUUCUGUUUGGCAUAAAGGCAUACUGCCCUUUUAUGCUCUGUAACACACCUCUCUUUCACGUUGGACCCUAAACUUCCAUUCGGGCACCGAAUGUGCUCAUAUCCACAUUUGUCUUGUUGCACAAAGUCGAUAUUACACAGGAUUUUUAAAAAAGGAAAGAAAAACUGUCCUUAGUCUUGAAUGUAUGAGGCAAUAUUUUCAAACCUAGCAAUUCAGUCUGAGAGAAAGGUGCCAAAACUGAGAAUGAUUGUGUGACUGGGCAAACGCCCGGUUUGUAGGUGGGCAGCAAAAAUCACAAAUGUUUUGACAAUAUAUUUAGUAAUAGAGCUAUGCAGGUGAAAUGUUAUUUGCUGUAAAUAGUUUCACAACAUUUGUGUUCUUUAGAAGAGACUUUUAAAUGUCCUUGAAAGAUUGCAUGGUACAUUAUAACUACAAUUCAGUACAAAAUAUGUAGAGAAUAUAUUAGAUAUAUAUAUUUUGAGGGUAAGAUAAAGAUGUUUUUUGAGGUCAUGAGAAAAAGAAAAAGAGGGAAGGUGGCGAGAGGAUGGUCUGGGGAGGGGGAACAAAAAUGACAAGUCUUUCUAUCACUAGCACUUGAUUUAGAAAAGUGUACCCGGCAAUAAAAAAAACUAAAUAAAAAAUCCUGCUGUUUAUGCUAUCCAUGGCUCAUUAGCAGUCGAGAGGCUAAGCUAAUUCCCUGGUUCCUCUCCGAGUCCCAAAGACUCUGGACUCAUUGAAUCCACACAGGGAACGCAAUCUGGAUCAACCCAUUUCCUGCUGUUACUGCUCAAUAUCUCAGCUCUCUCCCCCUCUCUUUCUCUUCCUUGGUUUUCUUCCUCCCCCCCUCUCUUUUCCUCGGGUCCCUCUCCUUCCUCCCUGAGAAAUUGUCCAACAAACACCCCUGGCCUUGAUUGACAAACACAGCUGCUCUGCAUAAACUUGUCAUACCACAGAGCCGGGAGAGAAAGACAAGUCUGUCUCUCUCCCUUUCUCGCUGGUUUCUGCCUCUUGUUUUUUCUCUCUCUCUCUCUCUCUCUCUCUCUCUCUCUCUCUCUCUCUCUCUCUCUCUCUCUCUCUCGAGUUGUGUUUAGUGCCAUCUUUUUUUAACCAGUGGACCUCUUUUCUUGACAGUCGCUGCCUUUCUUUUUCUUUAACUCCUCAGAUCUGUCACCGCUAAAGAAUAAUGUUUUUCACUUCAUGUUAGAUUUAUACUUUUUACAUGUGCUCACUAGCCUGUUCAGGGUGUGGAAGAAUCACAGACGACAACAACUCAAUGAUAAAAAAACUUUUUGUUCUUCAUUUCUUUGCUACAACGCUGUGAUUUUUACACAACUCCUUUGUUUUGCUCAUUUGUGAGCACGGAUGGGUUUUUUGUUUCAACCUGAACAAGAGGAAAAGUCUCAUACAGCUGGGUGAUGCUACUCCAUUCCUUUCUGCCUUUGCAAUGUCAACGUUGGGGAUUAAGAAACGAGAUCUGUGCAUUUGUUUUGUUUAGAUAUAACAAAAAGAGAAAAAAAAAAUCUCUCAUAUAAAAGGUUCCCUUUAUAGAUAUAUUUAUUUUGAAGUUCUAUUUUAUAUAGUAUUUAUUUAGAUGCCAACUUUUUGUUUGUGAAGAAAGCUUAUGUCGAAAUGGAAUGUACAUUGACAA